AUGGCUUUGAGGCUUUGCUGUGCCUGGAUUUCCAUCCUCCUCCUCCUACCCGUCCUCUCGGAUGGAGGGAAGCUCCUGGUGGUGCCCAUGAUGGGAAGCCACUGGCUGAGCAUGCAGGAAGUGGUGGAGAAGCUGAGCGAGAGAGGACACAAGGUGGUGGUGCUGGUUCCCGAGGUGAGCUGGCACAUGGAGACAACACAGGCCUACAAGGUGGUCACAUACCCAGUGAGUCAGACCCUGGAAGAGCUGGAUAACUCCUUCAAGGAAUACUUUGCUGCGCACCUGACAGAGAAGCCCUUCCCUCUCAAUGUCCUGGCAAUGUACAAGGCCUAUGUACAGGCUUUCAACAUCUUCUUUGGGCAGUGCAAGGACCUGUUCCGCAGCCAGGAGACCCUGAGGUUCCUCAACCAAAGUGGUUUUGAUGCCAUCCUGACGGAUCCAAUUUUCAUGUGUGGGACCAUCCUUGCUCACCAUCUCUCCCUCCCUUCUGUGUUCUUCAUGAGGGGAUUUGGUUGCGACCUGCACUUUGCAGCCCCACAGAGCCCGAGCCCUCCAUCCUACAUCUCGAGACUCUUCAGCUUCAACUCGGACAACAUGACCUUUUUCCAGCGGGUGGAAAAUGUCCUGAUUUCCCUCCUGGAGCUCCAGUACUGCAACAAUUACUAUGGAGAAGCACUGAAGCUUUCCUCAGAAGUUCUUCAGAGGGAUGUGUCCCUCACGGACCUUGUGAGCUCCGCUGCCGUUUGGAUCCUGAGGUUUGACUUUGUGUUUGAGUACGUCAGGCCAGUGAUGCCCAACAUGGUCUUUGUUGGGGGGAUCCACUGUGCUAAGAAGAAACCACUGCCUAAGGUAAUGUUCCUUUGCCUACAGAUUGUACAUUUCCUGUUGGAAAAGUCAUUAUGCUGUUUCAGGAAGUUUAUCGCUACUGAUUUUUUUUUUUCAUUUCUGGUCAUGAUUUAA